AUGACCGUUGUCGAGAGCAUUAGGUGGUGCGAAUUACUAGGGGACCCCAUUGUCACGGUGCAACAUGGUAAUGACGGCAACCGAAUUGCCACGGCAACCGAGACUCUACAGCAAACAGCACAGCAAUUCGUCAAGGUGCUCAAUGAGCGUGCCAGGCUUUUAUCCAACAGUGCACAAUUUGAUACAGCGUUACGUGACGCAGCAGCCAUAAGAGCAUUAUUACCAAGAUCAGGGCUUGGAUACGUGUGUGGGGGAGACGUGCACUGUCACCAAGGACGUUAUGCAGCAGCGAUUUCCAUAUAUGAUCAAGGGCUUGUUGAAGUACCUGAAUCAGAUCCAUAUUAUCAGCAACUUCAGCAACAUCGCAUCGCAGCAGCAACCAACAACAAAAAACGCGUCGACUUCAUCAGCCAAUUGCCUUUGGAUACCGUCAUCACCAACAUUAUACCUAGGAUGGAGCGGCCAGUAUACUUGGACUCGAAUGUGUUGUAUGAGCCUCUUUAUGUAUCACGUACAUGGCAGGAGCGUAUCUUACAGCAAUCCAAAGACUUGAAGUUUCGAUUUCGCAACCACGUCGACACAUUCCAAAAGGGUCAUGCACAGCUUGUCCGAUUUGCACCCUAUGUUCAGACCUUGAAUGUUUGUUUGUUGAAAAACGUUCAUGUGGGUGAUCUCUUUUCUCGAGCGCACUUUUCCAAUCUAAAAGAACUCGAUAUAACGUGUGCUCAUGGUACAACGCCUCGUCUUCCCUUGAUCCAUGGGUUACAAAUGAUUGCUGAUUCACUUACCCACUUGGCCAUCUCUCAAUGUCCUGGUCUUGCAUUGCGUGAUAUCCUGGAGACAUGUCCCAAUCUUGUAUUUCUGAAAACGAGAGAUGUGGAUGCAUUUAUGCCUUUAUCAUCAAGUUAUCCCAAGAUCAAACACCUUGAGCUCCACGAAGAACUAGAUCGAAUCCACACGCAUGAACACAUGGUCGAUGUCCUAAGUCGAUUUCCUUCCUUACGUAUGCUGAAAAUCACGCCAAUGCCUGCCACCACUAUUUUGCCUAUCCUACGCAAGCAUUGUCCUUAUCUAGAGGCUAUUUCUUUGGAGUGCAGGAGCCCGGAUUUUGACGUAACUACAGCAAAUGAUCAUCCAAAUCGGAGAGGAAUCACAUCAGCGUAUUUGGGCGGUGACGACUUUUAUUAUCAAGAUCACCUGAUCGAGUUCUUAUACGAGCAGAGAAAUUCAUUGGAGAUCUUCGAUUUUCGUGGUACGCUUGAAGUCAACAAUGCUCUUUGGGAAAUAUCAAAUGAUGGACGAGUUAAACCUCCGAGUACACCUUUACGGCUUGCGAAUGACCUGUCAUCGCCAUUAUCAUUCACACAAUUGGUCGACCUUCGGUUUACGAAUACCCAUCCAUCUUCAGGUGUGCCUAUGAUACUAUGGAUUGUAUUGAACGCACCCAACCUCAGCGCCAUCCAUCUCCCUCAUUCCCAUUUUCAGCCUGCUGUCGUACAAGCCAUGAUCAAAUUGAAGCAUCUUCAUAAGGUACAAAUCGAACAUCAGAACGACAUCGACGACAUCGAAGACACAGAUGACGAUGUCAUCAACGCGAUGUAUGAAUACAGUAUCAUCGACGAAGUAGACGACAAUAUCGAUGACGACGACGACGACGACGACGACGAUGGCAUCCACCAAUUCUUUGCGCAUCAUGUUGCUUUGGGAGAUCGCUCAACACUUGAACAUGUGGUUGUGCGCAUGUACUCUUUGGAUGCACAUCAACAAACAUGGUUGCCUUUGUUAUCACGAUUGACAUGCCUCAAGAUCCUCGAAUUAUGUGGUGGAAGCAGGCACAAUUGCACCGUUGCCGAUAAUUGCAUACCCAUCUUGAAAAGGAUACACCUAGGCUGUCCCGCUCAUGGGAAAGCGCCGAGUUGGCUAGGGAACCCAUAA